AUGGAUAUUGUUCUGUAUGGUUUUGCAUAUGAUCAGUCAACGGAUGAUUACUUUAUAGUUUUGUGGUACUUCGAAGACCAUCCGGUAAGUAGUUCAACUGAACUUUUGAUUUUCUCUUUGAGAGCUAAUAAGUGGAAACCAAUUGAGGUUGCUUCUCAUUUGCCUUAUAUGAUGAUUGUUGAAUGGCAAAAUGGCCCUAGACAUGGGUUGUUCUUGAAUGGUUCUAUUCAUUGGAUGGUUUAUAAUCCUGAGACCUCAAAAUAUGUUAUUGUUGCCCUUGAUGUAAAGGACAUGACGAUAUCAGAGAUAGCUUUGCCCGAUGAUACUUCUAUGUUGGUAGUUGGAGGACUGAUCGGUGCAUGGAUGAAAGACUUGAAUACAGUGAAAAUAUGGGUGAUGCAAAAAUAUGCAGUGCACUCGUCUUGGACUAAGAUUAUUGAAUUUUCUGUUGAUCCUAUUUUGCAUUGUUCUUUAUCUAUACUAUGCUUUACAAAUUGUGGUGAUAUAAUUGGAAUAGACGGUGAAGAUAGAUUGGUGACGUUUAACGACAAAGGAAAGCUGAUAGAGCAUCCCUUCUGUCAUAACUACCUCUCAGACAAAUCCGCCAAAUCAGAGUUUGUGGUGUAUACAGAGUCUCUGUUUACACUCCCCGGCACAGGUCAAGCUUAG